UCACGUCAGUCUAACACACUGAAGGUCUCCGGUUCGAACCCGGGCGAAGCCAUUUUGCUUCUUUUUUUUUUGACUAACGAGCUUCAACGACGUCGUUACGUAGAUAGAUAAUGCCACAAAUUAUAAGGACUAAACUGCAACGAAAUGACCCAUCGCUCAAAGCCCAUGGCAAGGCCCAUAAUUAAUCUGCCAUCACCACCGAGACCCUUCACGUUCGGCGGGAAGAGUUAGUUUGCGAUGGGAGAACACGAAGCGCGCGGCUGGAUCCGCAGCGACGAGACCGCGAAGCAGAUGCUAUCGAGAGUUCUCGGAGACCGCGCCUUCCUGCUUCUUCCGCCGCUUCACCGCGUGCCUCUACGCGCAGGGAACGUAGUCGAGAUCACUGGCUCGUCCCCGACUGCGAAAACUCAGAUCCUGAUUCAAGCCGCCAUCACUUGCAUCCUCCCGAAGACGUGGAACGGCGUCCACUACGGAGGAUUGGAGAAGCUGGUGUUGUUUCUCGAUCUGGAUUGCCGAUUCGAUGUGCUUCGUUUAUCUGAUAUGCUCAAGCAUCGCCUCCUCGAAGCUUACCGGAUAGGCAAUGGAGCAUGGUGGCAGCUUGAAGAGUCUAAUGUUAAGACUCAAGACAAGUCUAAGAUUGUUUAUGAUGAGGAGUUGUAUGUUUCGUGCAUGAAGAGGUUCUUGUAUCUUCGUUGCUAUGAUAGUCUCGAGCUUUUGUCCACUCUCAAGACAUUGCAUUAUCGGAUUAGACUGCAGGAAGCAUGUGGAAGCCAAGUAGGAGUGCUUAUGAUUGACAGCAUCGGCGCUUUCCACUGGACUGAUCGUCUAUCGUCAUCACUGGCAUUGGAGAAAAAUAACAGGAAAAGUCUCUCCCUUACGAAUGUGGUGGAGACGAUAGUGCAAGAGAUGAAGAAGCUAAUGCAGGUGCAUUCACUGGUAGUAAUUGCCACUAAAGCUACAAUCUACGAAGAUAAGUAUCCGACAAAUGAGAAUAAUCGGAACAUCUCCUCACACAGUGAUCUGUUAGGGAAUCCUUCAAGUAAAGCUCAGCAGCCUCCUUUCCGUGAAUUCAUGCCUUCUUCUUGGCAGGCAUUCGUGACACAUAAGAUAUUCAUACGAAAGUCAGACGAUCAUCAUAAGUCUUUGGGACAACAAAAUUUAUCAGCAUAUUUACUUGAAUGGUUACAACCACAACUUAGUAGCAUUGACCGAUUCAUAGUAGACGAUUCUGGCAUUGUCAUUGUCUCUAUUCUAAGCACACUCAGAUUUUGUUUCAUGUUUCAUCUUCUCAUGCAGUCUGGUAUUGUCAUUGUCUCAUGACUUAGAGAUUCCGUUUCAGGUAUUCUUUAAUGCCUCUCUCUCUCUCUCUACUAGACACCACACAUUUACUGACACUUACGCUUGUAAUUCUGAACUCUGUAGAAAUCAUAACUAUUGUAAGGUAGCUAUUAGCUAAGCAGCGUGCAGCAAAGUCUCCAGAUGUAAAGUUAAUGCAGAGUUUAUUUAUUUACAUCAGAAAGAGAGAGAGAGAAAAAAGAAGUAAAAGACAGAAAAGUUAACCUUUAAAAGUAACUUUGUUCCUUUUACUUGAUAAGGUUAUUCUUACAAUAUGUGGAUAACCUUGUCUUAGAUAUAAAAAGAAAAAUCACACUCGCACACAUUUUGGAUUUGAAUUGGAUUGUUAUAUCUUUCUAAUAUUAUCAAAUUCUAUUAUCAGGAUUUGGCAUCAAAUACUUGAAAUUGCAACUGCACGUGUUAUCGUAUAACCUUAUUCUUAGAAGAUCAUACUUUUUUUUUUAACUUCCGAGAAACUUGAAAGUGAUUCUCAAUGGGACAUCACUAGACAGGUCUCAGGACUUAGCACUAGGAGUCGUGUUACAAUUUUUCGACGCCAAAAUCAUUUUGAAGCAUUUUGCUUGUGGAACCUGUCUUAUUAUACAGUCAUCAAUGUUUGAUUGAGUGGUUACUUUCCUUUUUCCACAUAGUAUAUCUCGUUUUCACCACAUCUAUCUGAUCUUGGGACUUAGCAGAUAAGACAGUCUUGUCUCAUGUAAUAUCUUCAUCUUAUGGAAGAUUUGUAUGAUCAACUUGGAUUUAGGAAUGAUUAUUGCCUAAUGUAAUAAUUAGGUCUUACCAGGAGUGGAAGUAGUCAAAUCCUUUGGAUACUUGAUGAGAUGUAACAAUUUUUAACUAGUUAUUUAACAAAUAUGACUUCCACUGAAAAAACUUUUAUGUGUUGGAUAUGAUGUGUGAUGUGCAACUAACAAUGAUUCUACUACUUUAGAUUGCAUUGAUUGCCCACAAAUUCUUUCAUUUUUACAGUCAAUAGAUGAGUUUUGUUGAAAUAGUGAAUUAAAUAUUAUAUGUUCAUUUAGAUGUAAAACAAUAUCCAACACAAAUUCAAACAAAAAAACAAACGAAAAGUCAAGCUAUAUAAAAAAAUAGCUAAAAGAAUGGUUAAAAAGCCUUAAAAAUAUUAAAGAUAAGAACUAAAGCAUUUUGCAAAAAGAACAAUUUAAAAGAUCGAAUAUAUGAGUAUGAAGUGCCUUGACGAGUCUGAAUUUGGUUUUUGCCUAACUUCCAUUAGCCUGAUGGUUACGUCUACUGCACACAACAAUUAGCCGAAACUAUAUCCAAUCCAAUCCACUCUACUCUCAUCCAUUAAUUAAAAGUUAAUUAAAUUAAGGCUUUCUUUAUAGUAAAUUAAUAUCGCAAAGUUUGAUUUGCUCAUUGCUUCUUCUUUUUUUGUUAGUAACAAUAUCACACUUCUCAUUAUUAACACCACGUACUCCAUGUUAAUCAAAGACAUUAGUACACCAUUUAUUUAAAAUCUUAGUCUGUUACUAUUAGAAUAAGACUACCUUUUCUAAUAUUUGGUGUCUUUUAAGCUAUCCAAUUGUAAAUUUAUUGUAUUAUUUUAUAUUUCAUCUAAAAUUAAAAUAUUUGGCUAGUUAAAACAGUAAUUAUGUAAUCCAUCUAAUGAAACUAAAUUCAAUUCAUUGUAUGUUUGAUGUACUUUUUGGAUCACUUCAUACUCAUCUUAGCUUUCAAGUUUUCUAUUAUUUUAUUGCAUUAAUAUAAACGCAAACAAUAUAAGAUAAUUGACACUCUAAUGAAAUAAUGAAAAUGUAUUUGAGUGAUAGUUGAGGACAAACUAAAGAAGACAAAGAUCUCUUGAUCACGCGUGUGGCAGUGGGCAUGUGCGUGCGUAAGCGUAAGCAAUAGAUCAUCCAAAGCCCCAAACCCCUCAAUACAAUAUUAUGUAUUUUGACGAUUCUACCCUUUUAUAAAGAAUAAUGCUAUUUUCACAUUUUUAUCAUAUACCAAAAGUAUUUUUUUGUAACCUUGGAGAAAUCUGAAGCAAAGUUGAGGAGAGCACCAACACACUUCUAGUCAUUGGGGCUUGUCUACUGCUAUGCUCUCCUUUUUUAAUUCAUCUGAUGGAUUGCUUAGUAAGUUUUAGAAACAUGGAAAAUACUAAUAAUAAUAAUUACAAUAACCAGACAAUUGUUUGAAGCAACUAAAUAACAGUAGUGUCAAUUAUUUUAAGAGAGAAGUAGUGGGUCCUAAGAAGAGAAUUCAGUUGAACUCUCAAUCUUUUGAGCAGUCUUUGAGUUUGUGUGGAUCUCAAUUUUAUAACAAAAGCCACUGAUUGCUACUUGAGGGGGACUGCAUAUGAGAAAGAUUGAUAAGUUUUAAAGUUUUCUUCAUACAUACUUAAACCGUUAUUUAUUAAAAACACAUUUUUAGUUUUUUAGCGUAUAUAUACAUGUUUUUGUACAAUAUUGUUUCUUUGUCAAAUUUAGGCCAAAAUCUUUGUUAACAAUUGACAGAUGUAUGAUUCUAUUUUGAUUUGUGUGGUAAUCUUGCGGCUAUAGUAAAGCCAAAACACAUUGAUCUACAAAUUUAUGGUUGUAUCAUCCAAAACAUGCGUCAAAAUUUCAUUGGCUAAUUUAUAUUUCUUUCAGUUUUAGCUGCUUGGUCGACAUUAUUAUAUUUGUAUCCUACUUUAAUACUUGUGUCAACUAUAUAAAAUCAUACAAAAUAUCUAAAGAAAUCAUCUAUCUCUUCAUCCAAAAUUUAAGCGUAAUAUUUUCAAUCUUAGUUAUCAGAAUUUCACAUAUCAAAAUUCAGUACCUGUGCAAAUAUUUAUAAGAGAUAUAUAAAAUAUGGAAAAUAUCUUAAAGUUCAGAUAAAAAUAGGAUAGAGUGUAAUAAUGAGAGAGUAUUGGGUACAUACAAAGGUACAAAAUCUCAAAAUGAAGGCAAAGGUAGAGAGAAAAGUGGAGCCUACAAUCCUAUGGUUGACGGCCAAACCCAUUUACAUGUGCGCCACGUGGGCUAUUGCGGGUGCAUGAUCUCAGCAUGAAGUGUCAUCAUCACUCCUCGACCUCGAAAUACUCCUGCCAAAUAUAAAUUUCUAGUAUUAUUAAAAACAUUAUGUAAUAAUAUAGCAUUAUUUAUUUUGGUUUGUAGCUAAUUUUGUCUUUGGCGUAAAAUGUGGACUACAUUAAUACAAUAGAAAACUGACCGUUAAAACGUGGCUAAAAUGUCCUAAACGGUAAACAGUGAACACUAUGAUUGAGUUUUUCUAGUUGGUGUUUACAAGUUGAAAGGUUAAAUGCAUUGCUUCUUAUUCCGUUAAAGAACUUAGCAUAUUGUAAAUGAACGUGACAUCAAUGUUUUUAGCUCAAUUCCGAGUACGUAUUCUAUGACGUCUUACUUUUUUUUGUUAGUCUUAUAUUUAUAUUUACCUGGGGAAGUUGUAAAGUAUUCAAAUUGUGUUAUAUUAAUGUUUCAAAACUUGUAAAACGAGCACUAUAAUAUUUUCUCUGUUUCAUCAAGAUAAGAUAAGUGUUUUAAAAAUAAAAUAGAAUAUUUUACAAAUGUACAUGUUUGAUUAUUUUAUGCUAUAUUUAUCAAUUAAUAAUGGUAACUUAAAAAUAUAAUUGUUUUUGAAAUAUUAUUAGUUUAAAUGAUGGGAAAUAGAGAAUCAAAAAAUAAUAUAUUUAUAAUCAAAAUUAAAAGUUUUUUAAAAAAUAUGUGAAACACAAAAAAAAAUCAAUACAAUACUAAAAGCAGAAUAAGGGCUCCUCUCAUGCUGUCCACGUCAUCAAUUAUAAUCAGCCAAUAGGAAAUCACCGUUGAGCCACGUCAGACGCAGCAGCAUUGCAUUUGGGCUUCGCAUCAUAUAGGCCCGAUAAUGAUCACCAGGCAUAUUCUAAUUCUUCUACUCACCUCUUUCUGAGAAACUGAAUCGUAAAGCGUUUUCUGAAACACUCGAUCUCCUUCCCUCAUAAAGCCAAAUCCAAUCACAUAUCUAACCUAUACUAAAAGGGUUAUAUGAGGAGUAGAGAGUGUGUCCACGUCAGAUUAAAAAAUCAGCCAAUAAAAAUAAACUAUAGUGCCACAUCAUCGUGUUAUUCUCUGUCUCGCGAAUAUAAUCUACGGUUUCCUCUUCCUUUUUCCCACUUGAAUUAGACAAUAAAGAUGGUGUUCCUGUUCAUCUUCCUUUCUCUCAGCGUACAAAUUUUUUUAUGCCUUCUUGAUAUUAUAUCGAUGCCUCUUCAUCUUCUCAUUAUCUUCCUAUCCUCAUUAUAUAAACGAUGGCAUCAAUUGUUCACACAUUGCCAAGACACCAAUUCUCGCCAUCGCCUCCUAUCUAGGUUACGGCGUCGCUCUUCCAUCGCAUGUGUAGAAUGCACUGCUCGAGUCUACGAGAGUGGUGAAGGCCAAAUAACAAGUUGUAGGCUAGAAAAAAAGAAGUUUUAUGAACCAACAGUGUGUGUGAAGCCAUGGAUGAACUGGCAGUUACAUGAGUUUAUACAUGCCAGUAAUGACGUGCCUACCAUACUUCCUCAGAUCUUGGUUGCCAAAAAGGAGGUCAUGUACUCAUGUCAACAUCCAAAUCGCAGCUCUUGCCAUUACCUUGAAACAAGUAGCCAUUCCAGAGAACAAAGCUUCAUACAGCUGAUGAAGAAAACGCUCAAGUUUUAGCAUUGGCUCUGCUUAGAAGAAAAUGCAGACUGGUUAUAGGUGUUGUUGUGGGAUCUCACUCCUUUGGGCUUAACUGGGAAAGUCUACGAGAUGGUGUGUGAGAUGUGUCAUAUAACCUUAAACAAGACUGCUAUAUUUGGUGACAAUGGUACUAUAUCUCCUGGAGGUGUAACUGUGGACACUGGCGGCGACAACCCGAGGCCGUAUAGCGUCUGAUUUCAAGACAAUAGCGGACUUUCUGAUGAAGGCAGAUCAUAAAACAAGUGUGCUGUAGAGAAAACAUGGCCAGACGCACAAGGAGUUUGUGAAGAGUCUAUGUGAGAUUAGGAACCGAGUCUAAGCAUUUGCUUUGCAGUAUGAGAUGCAUGCUUCUAGCUAUCAGAGAGAUAUAGCAACUGCAGCAAGUAGCCAAAACAAGAGGCGCUCCCGCGGUAAGUAUUUCUCCACCAUUAUCUUAAGAUUUCUCCUGUUAAAGUUAUGACUCCCAUCAGCAAGUUUUGCUGUUUGACAUAUCUGAACCAAACAACAUCGGAUUCUUCCAUUAUCUUAUUACACAGUUUGCAGAAGACUUCUGAUUUUGAAGCCAAUAACUCUUUAGAGUAUCAAUACCAGUGUGCCAAACGGCUGCCUCUUCUGAGUCACUCUCAGGUUCUUUCACCUUUUUGAUUCACAAUUUUCUUAACCUUUUCAUUCAUAGUUAUAGAUAAUUUGACGUAGUGUUGAUACUGUUGUGAUAUAUUGGAUGCUUGAUAGUGCUUCCAGCUGCUAUUACAACCAGACCAAUGGCGUGGCACUAUGACUCAGAUUCUGGAUUCAGUUACAGUUACGUAACAAUUAUAGUUUUUUCAUUUUCUUUUGGAUAGAAUUGUAUACAAUUUCUUUCUUCACAUGGGAUUACACUGAUAAAGAACAAGGACGUUAGAUGAACACAAGAUGAAGCAUACACUGCGGUUAAAGAAAACGUGGCAAGAGGCAACUAAGUCAAGCGUGCCUAGGAGGGUUGCUAAUCUGGUUUAUGGAGUAAGUCCAGUGUCAGCAGCACUCUCUGUUGGGAGACUAGAGUUCUAUGCUCUGUUUAUUGAAGAAGGUUUGGAUUUGAGCAGUAACCCUUGGAAAAAGGAAGACAUGAAAAGUUUCGAUAAAGUCCUCAAACUCUCUGGAAAAGCAUGAUCUUAACAUGGUUGCUGAUAAGACAUACUUUCUCUGAGUUUGAUCCUGAUUUAAGUCUCAUGGAAUAUGAACAAGAAGGUUAUGGAUUGACUAGGAGUUCUUCAAAGAGGGAUAUAUUUUUAGUGGCACAAGACCAAUAAAUCUUCUAGCGGAUUUUACCCAUUAACUUUUAAUGCAAUGCAUGCGUAGGAGUGAGAGAGGGAGAGUAGUACGUAUUUUAAAUUCUCACUACUCCACUCCAUACUUUUUCGGAUUCUAUGCAAUGCAUGUGUAUGAAUGAGACUAGCUUUGUAUGUAUUUUAAAUUCCUACUAUUCUAUUUCAUACUUUCUUGGAAUCUAUAGUGAGAGUCAUCUAUAUGACCGAUAAAUCUUGAAUCUCAUAAAGGGUAAAUAAAUUAAUCCCACUUAUUCGUCCAUCCGCACAUCAUACAAUUAAGAUAAAGUGUCUGGAUUCAUUUGAAGAAUCUCCUGUCAUUUGGUUUGAAUUUUCCUAAUUAACUAUCCCUCAAGAAUUCUUAACAUACUACCUAGACGACAAAUUUGAUUUUCAAGUAACAAAAAUUCAUAGUUUUGAUUUUCUUUUAGUUUGGAUAGAAUUUUGUAUAACUUCUCAGAUUUAAAAAUGUAUAUUUAUUUAGUUUUCAAAAAGUAUCGUUACAUUCAACCACAUUUAAAUUUGCUCUACUUUAUAAUCUUUGUUUGGUUUGGUCUUAAACAUGACUAAUUAAUUUGGACUUAUCGCUUGAAGGGUUUAGGAAAGCAGUUCCAUUUUCUUAUCUUACAUAAAUUGAAAAUAUGAAUUCAAUAUCACAACAAAAUCAAGCUGUAAUCAGACACACAACAUAAUACAUCUGUGUAUUUUAGUCCAUCUCACAGUCUUAUACUAAAUAGUCAUGGUCGCCUCAAUCAUAAUAUCAUUUCCGGCAAAGAUUAUGAAGACAAUCAGCUUGAAUUUAACGCCAUGGUAUUGGAAUCAACAGAUAAUCUUUAAAACUCAGCAACAAAUACCAAAAACUAAAAGUACUGGUAGAGCUAGACCUGGGCACGGUCUGAACAUCAUAGACGAGGCUGAAAUGAAAAAGAUAACAAAUAAGUAAAAAAUGAAAAAGUGGAACAAUACAUUCAAAACAAAGAUUAUGG